CGCUCCCCCCCCGCCGCUCUCAUCCCCAGCAUCCCCGAGCACGAGGAGUUCUCCGACUACAACCUCCUAGUCCCUUGCCGGCGAUGCUCCUCUGUCUCCGACGGCCGCCGCUCCUCCUCCUCCUCCUCCAACGUUCAAGUCCUCGGGAAAUUUCAGCUGAAGCUCUCUUCACUGUUGCGUUCUCUAAUCAACAUCAUCAACAUACCCACCUGCAAAUUCCUCUCCCUUCCGUCGCCACCGUCGUCCGCCGGCGCUGGACAACUCAUCACCAUCGCCACCGGAGGAGGGUCUUCUUCCCUCGGGAGGAGAGUCACGGGGACGUUGUACGGACACCGCCGAGGCCACGUCACCUUCGCGGUGCAAUACGACCCAAGAUCGGACCCGGUUCUGGUUCUUGAGCUUGCAAUGUCCACCGCAGCCCUCGUCAAGGAGAUGUCGUCGGGACUCGUCAGAAUCGCUUUGGAGUGCGAGAAACGUCCUCCGGCGGCGGAAGAGGCUGCGGAGCGGCGGAGACGAAGGCCGGUGAAGCUUUUCCAGGAGCCGAUGUGGACUAUGUACUGCAACGGGAAAAAGUGCGGGUACGCGGUUUCACGAGGCGCGUGUAACGAGUCGGAUUGGCGCGUGUUGAACACGGUGUCGAGGGUCUCCGUCGGCGCCGGUGUUAUUCCGGCGGAGAAACACAUCGGAGGAGGUGCAGCGGCGGCGGAGCUGGGUGAGUUGCUUUACAUGAGAGGGCGGUUCGAGCGAGUCGUGGGAAGCCGUGACUCGGAGGCUUUCUACAUGAUGAACCCUGAUAAAAACGGAGGCCCCGAACUCAGUAUUUUUCUACUUAGAAUAUAAAAAAAGAAUUGUUUUUUAAAAAUGGCCAAAAUCGAAAGCUAUUGACUUUUUAAAAAAAUAAGAAAAAUAAAUAUGUAAUAGAAAAGGAAUUGUUGCGUAAUGAAAUAUGUAAGUGAUAGUGACUUAAUUUCAAUAGUUUUUUUUUUUGUUUUGGUUUGGUUUGGUUUAGUUCAUGUUCAUGUACGGUCCUGUUUUGAUUUUGUUAAAUGUGAGAAAAGCUUAUCAAAUUGCA